GAAAAGCAAAAUGCCAGAAAUCGGGCUUAAUUGUCUUGUUAUUCCUAGAGAUUCAGUUGAGAGAAUUAAACAACAACAUAUCAUUAUAAUUAAAAUUAACAACAAUGAAUCUGUCCAUUCUCUCAGAUCACAAAUUAAAAAAGAAUAUACUUCUCAAUUUGAUGAUAUUUCAAUUACUAAAUUUGUAAUCUGUGCAAUUUCUUUAAAUUUAGAUAAAGUGCUAGCAUCAAUUAAUGCUAAAGGAGUGAUGAUAAGUGUGAAUAGUAGAAGAUAG